UUGAAAAGUGUUGAACGCCAGUGAAUUUCAGCUUUCAAGAGCACAGAGCAAUGUAUUCCAAACUCAGUGAUCUCGAUUAAAAAAAUAUGUUGUGAAGUCACAGAUCAGCGAAUUCGUACCAUAAAUGAUUAACACUGCCUGUUCAUUUGAAUACGUCGUAAGUCAAAAUCCUGAAAAAUAUCCGAAAUCUAUUAACGACUACCGUUGUCAUUUCUACACAAUUAAAAGACCGCACAAGGAUACAUUUAUAUCCAAUCACCAUGAAGAAAACUGAUUUUGAUAUCUUUAAAGGUGCGAACAGCUUCAAAUGUGAAAAUGGAAGGAGAGGUACCUAUAAAAAUGGCAAGUGUGAAAUUCUUAGCAUUGCCAGUUGUGAAAUCAAAAAUUCAAAAUUUCCAAAAGAUGGACACGCUAAUCUGGAAUGCUUGAGGAAUACAACACAUGGGGAGUCUGGAAAUCAAUCCGAUAAUGAGGGGGGUAUUUGUAACGGGUAUAGAAAAGACUCAUUCCAAAAGGAGAUUAACAGUUCUGAGGAAUCGUUAAGCUCAUCCCAGAAGAUUCAUAUUUUUUUUAUUAACAACAAAGAAGUCACACUAAGCCACGAGGGUGUAAGAGAAAAUCGAAAUAACCAAUUUAAAACAUCCAGCAAUACAACCUCUGAAGAACACGAUAAUCUUGCAUAUGUUGCUGAUACAACAGUUGAAAGUUCGGUUAGAAGUGAGGAAAGAGAUGCGAAUGGUUUAAUACGUACAGAAAAUAAAGAAACUGUAGUCGGUGCUGGAAAUGGAUUAUCUGGAAACGAGUGUCAUGAUGAUGGACAGCGGCAACACGACGAUGUUGUAAUUGAAACAGUCGAUUGUUAAAAUAGACGUCACUGCGUUGGAGAGCGAUUUUGAGAAACAUCGAGAUGGAGCUACAGUAAGAAUUUUUAUGCCACUGGGGAAUCCAGUGUAAUGAGGACAAGUCAACAUCUUGAAGAUCAAAUGAUAUUGAACCAUGGGCGUGGGUAAUUUUAGUGGCAGCAUUGAUGAACAUCUUUCUGAAUGGUUCUCUGCCGUAUUCUGUUGGGGUCAUCCAUAUAGCUCUACUAGAUCGCUACCCUGACGAAGACAUCAUAACAAUAUCAUGGCUAGGUUCUGUCUUCUCUUGUAUGUUUAUGUUGUCAGCAUUUAUUGGAAGUAUUAUUAUCAACGUCUUUAAUGUUCGAACAUGUGUCAUGUUAAGUGGGUUGGUCAGUUUAGUGGGGUUUGGUAUCAGCAGUAUAGUUACCGAUUUCAGACUUUUAUUUUUAACUUUUGGUUUGAUUGCAGGUUGUGGACAAGCCAUGGCGUAUACUGGAUCUAUGGUGGCUGUUGGGUUUUAUUUCAAACACAAGACGGGAAUGGCUGCUGGCAUAAUAUCAUGUGGCUCCCCCAUAUCACUGUUUGUAUUUCCGGUGCUCGCUCAGUUUCUAAUUGACAAAUACACAUUACAGGGUACUUUUCUUUUACUCGGUGCUAUUGGCUUCCAUGCUGCUGUGUGUGGAGCGUUGAUGAGACCAACUAAAUAUGAGAUUGGGCCAACACAAUAUUGUAGACGUCACAAAAGACCAGCGAUUAAAUCUAAUGUAGGUCAAGAGGAAGAAGAGAAGAUAGCUUUAAAAACAAAAAUGAUGGCUAACUUGAGUUUAUUCCGAUGUCUACCUUUUGUGCUUUUACUUAUCAGCUCUUUAACUUCUGGCGCUGCCUUGUCGACGAUCUAUCUUUUUCUUCCCGAUUACAUAAAUACAUUGAAUUCCUCUUCUCAAGACACCAUUGUGCUACUUUUUAUCGGCAUAGGUGGUACGUUUUCUAGACUUUUUUUAGGAUUCUUAACCGUAGCAGCCGAUGCCGCCGUUUUGUAUGGAACAACAUUCGGGAUAUUCGGUGUGAUAACUUUAUUUUUGAAUCACAUGACGUCAUUACUUAGCCAGAUAAUCUAUGCGGCCUUAUUUGGAUUAUACACUGGUGGGUGUUUCACCCUACAGCACGUGAUAAUGGUGGACAUAGUAGGCGUAAACAAAUUAUCAACAGCCUAUGGGAUUAACGCUUUGAUGGUUGGCAUUGGUUACCUUACUGGACCACCUGCCAUACGACUUCUGGUAGACUCUUUAGAUGAUCAGUAUUAUAUAUUUAUCUGCGCGGGUAAGAAGUCGACAACUCUUCGAACAUAUCCUUAACCCUCUUCCAUACAUUUACGAUACCGACUCAACACUUGAUAUAGACGGCUUUAACUGUUCUUUACUAAACGUUAUUUACAAUGAAGCUGUGCAGUCAGGGGCCUAUUUCACGAAAUUUUAACUAAGAUAAAAUCCAAAUUUUAGUAAUUUGAUUGGAUAAUAUUAAAUUGAUUUUAGUGCUUAGCCAAUCAAAAUUGAAGUAUCUACUAAAAUUUGGAUUUUAUCUUUAGUUACAAUUUCGUGAAACAGGGCCCAGGGGCCUAUUUCACGAAAUUUUAACUAAGAUAAAAUCCAAAUUUUAGUAAUUUGAUUGGAUAAUAUUAGAUUGAUUUUAGUGUUUAGCCAAUCCUAUAGCUAGUGUGCAAUAUGAGGUUAACCAUGCCAGGAAGCAUAGUCUACACGUGUUAUGACCCAAUCCAUUCAGCGCUCAUAAAUUCUUCCCUUUCUGGACGACCCGCCCCCCCCCCCCCGCACACUUCCUGGUCUUGUGGUUUUAUUGUUCCGCGGCUCUUACGGUAUUAGAUGGUUGGUGGGAAACAGCGUUUAUCUACAUUAAUAAAUGGUGUAUUUAGGGUUGGUUAGAGAGCCACACCCAUUUACUGACAGCUAUCUUAAACUGGCAAUAUACUACCCCCGCCCCCAACCAAAACACCUCCUAAAAUUUCAUUUAAGAAACUUUCACAAUUUGCCCAUCCAUCGGCUUUUGGCAAUUGUAGAUACGCCACUGAAACCAAUGUUUUUAUUUCUUUUUUUAGCUUGUCUGUUUAUAGUAUCGUGUUUCAUGGGAAUGGCUAUACGACUUACGGGUAAAAAUAAACUGGAAGUUACAGAUGAAGGCGAAUUCAAUAGUCAGUUAUGAACAAAUAAAAUUUAUUGCAAAGUGUUUAUAAUCCCAAUAUGUAUACUAAGGAUAUAUA